UGGCCAAGUCACUGCUCUUAUGCCAUGAGUAAGUGAUGGAGGGCAACUGAAGGAGAUCACUUGGACUUUUGGGGGAGUUUCAGUGAAGCCAGCACCAAAGGGGGCUGGGCCUCUUGUUUGAGAAACAAACUCCCUUUCUGAAGGAGUUUUUCUUGCUGCCAGAGAGAGUAAAUCUGAAGCAACUGACGCAGCUGGGAAUUUGUGCAAAGCCUUCACUCACAGGGAAGGGAAGCGUCUGCCCCACCCUCCCCCACAAAGCGCCCUGAAUACUCUGCCCACACUCCUCUUCCCCGUGACGUCACCCCUAGUCCUGUCCCAAGGAGCUUGCAAAACCUCUCAAAUUCAAACUGCUAGACGCACUGCUGCUGCAGCCGCUGGGUUGAAGGUGCGCUCCCAGGCUCCGCUGUGGCAACCUCCCGCAGUGACCUAGUCCGAAAGACUUCCCUAUGCAAUUGCACCCUUGAUUCCCAGCAGAGCAUCUUCUUUCUGCUCCAUUCUUCAUCUUCCUCUCUGGCCGCCAGCCGGAUUUCUAAUUUCUGCGUACCACCCCCCUUCCACACUCAAAUUAAAUCAAGCAACAAAAAACAGAGCACCGCCUUCCCCACCCCCAGCCUCCCCUUGCAAGCAGCAUUUUCUUUUACUUUGCUCUCCCUCUUUUCGCGAAGACGCUAAACUACUGGUGGACUGGAGAGGAGAGGAGUCCUGUCUUCUCCUGAUGUGUUUGCCUUUAGGUACCUGAGCUGACAUCAAAGGUGCCUAAAGAUGCUGAGCGGCGUUUGGUUCCUCAGUGUGUUAGCUGUGGCCGGGAUAUUACAGACCGAGAGUCGCAAAACAGCCAAAGACAUUUGCAAGAUCCGCUGCUUGUGUGAAGAGAAAGAAAAUGUACUGAAUAUUAACUGUGAAAACAAAGGAUUUACAACUGUCAGUUUGCUUCAGCCCCCCCAGUAUCGCAUCUAUCAGCUGUUUCUCAACGGAAACCUCUUGACCAGACUGUAUCCAAACGAAUUCGUCAAUUAUUCAAACGCAGUGACUCUUCAUCUAGGUAACAAUGGGCUGCAGGAGAUCCGACCUGGAGCAUUUAAUGGUCUGAAGACUCUCAAGAGACUGCAUCUCAAUAACAACAAACUGGAGGUAUUGAGAGAGGACACUUUUCUAGGCCUAGAGAGUCUGGAGUAUCUCCAAGCUGACUACAAUUACAUCAGCACCAUUGAGGCCGGGGCAUUUAGCAAACUGAAUAAGCUCAAAGUGCUCAUCUUGAAUGACAACCUUUUGCUGUCUUUGCCUAGUAAUGUGUUUCGGUUUGUUCUGUUGACUCACUUAGACCUGAGGGGAAACAGAUUGAAAGUAAUGCCUUUUGCUGGUGUCCUUGAACAUAUUGGAGGAAUCAUGGAAAUUCAGCUGGAAGAAAACCCAUGGAAUUGCACCUGUGACUUACUUCCUCUCAAAGCAUGGCUGGACACCAUUACCGUUUUUGUGGGGGAGAUUGUCUGUGAAACUCCUUUCAGGUUACAUGGGAAAGAUGUGACCCAACUGACCAGACAAGACCUCUGUCCCAGAAAAAGUGCCAGUGGUGAUUCUAGUCAGAGGAGCAGCCAUUCAGACACCCAUGUCCAAAGGCUGACCCCUACAAUGAAUCCUGCUCUCAACCCAACUAGGGCUCCAAAAGCCAGCCGGCCACCCAAAAUGAGAAAUCGUCCAACUCCCCUAGUGACUGUGUCAAAAGACCGACAAAGCUUUGGUCCAAUCAUGGUGUACCAGACUAAGUCUCCCGUAGCCUUCACCUGCCCCAGCAGCUGUGUCUGUACCUCUCAGAGUUCAGACAAUGGUCUAAAUGUUAACUGCCAAGAGAGGAAGUUUACUAACAUCUCUGACUUGCAGCCCAAACCUACUAGUCCAAAGAAACUCUAUCUAACAGGGAACUAUCUCCAAACAGUCUAUAAGAAUGACUUCUUAGAAUACAGUUCACUGGAUUUGUUGCAUUUAGGUAACAACAGGAUUGCAGUCAUUCAGGAAGGUGCCUUUACAAACCUGACCAGUUUACGAAGACUUUAUCUAAAUGGCAAUUACCUUGAAGUGUUGUAUCCUUCUAUGUUUGAUGGACUGCAGAGCUUGCAGUAUCUCUAUUUAGAGUAUAAUGUCAUUAAGGAAAUUAAGCCCCUGACAUUUGAUGCUUUGAUUAACCUACAGCUCCUGUUUCUGAAUAACAACCUGCUGAGGUCCUUACCUGACAAUAUAUUUGGGGGCAAAGCCCUCACAAGGCUGAAUCUAAGAAACAAUCAUUUUUCUCAUCUGCCUGUGAAAGGGGUUCUGGACCAGCUUCCUGCUUUUAUCCAGAUAGAUCUGCAAGAGAACCCAUGGGACUGCACCUGUGACAUCAUGGGGCUAAAGGACUGGACAGAACAUGCCAAUUCCCCUGUCAUCAUCAAUGAGGUGACUUGUGAAUCUCCCGCUAAGCAUGCAGGGGAGAUACUGAAAUUGCUGGGAAGGGAGGCUAUUUGUCCAGAUAACCCUAACUUGUCAGAUGGGACUAUUUUAUUAAUGAAUCACAACACAGACACACCUAGGUCACUUAGUGUGUCUCCUAGUUCUUACCCUGAACUACACACUGAAGUUCCACUUUCUGUCUUGAUUUUAGGAUUGCUUAUUGUUUUCAUUCUGUCUGUGUGUUUUGGGGCAGGGUUGUUUGUCUUUGUUCUGAAACGUCGAAAGGGAGUGCCAAGUGUUCCUAGGAGUGCCAACAACUUAGAUGUAAGUUCCUUCCAGUUACAAUAUGGGUCUUACAACACCGAAACUAAUGAUAAAGCUGAUGGCCAUGUCUAUAACUACAUUACCCCACCUGUGGGUCAGAUGUGCCAAAACCCCAUCUACAUGCAGAAAGAAGGAGACCCAGUAGCCUAUUACCGAAACCUGCAGGACUUCAGCUAUGGUAACCUGGAGGAAAAAAAAGAAGAACCAGCUACACUUGCUUACACAAUAAGUGCCACUGAAUUGCUAGAAAAGCAGGCCACACCAAGAGAGCCUGAGCUGCUGUAUCAGAAUAUUGCUGAGCGAGUUAAGGAACUUCCCAGUGCAGGCCUUGUCCACUACAACUUUUGUACCUUACCUAAACGGCAGUUUGCCCCUUCAUAUGACUCUCGACGCCAAAACCAAGACAGAAUCAAUAAAACCGUUUUAUAUGGGACUCCCAGAAAAUGCUUUGUCGGGCAGUCAAAGCCAGACCACCCUUUACUGCGAGCUAAGCCGCAAUCAGAACCAGACUACCUCGAAGUUCUGGAAAAACAAACUGCAAUCAGUCAGCUGUGAAGGGAAAUCAUUUACAACCCUAUAGCAUCAAAGGAUGAGGCUCCAAACUGUUGGAAGCACUGCAUUUCCUUUUGUUGUGUCCUCCCCCAGUGUUAAUGGGAGACUGAAAGCCUUUGGGAGAUGGGCUGAAACAAUGACAUUGCUCUUGCAAGCUUUCCUUUAAAUUAUUUCUCUCUAGCUCUCCCACCCCACCCCCUUUUAUUCUUAGAAACCAUCAGUGAACAUGAAUGUUUCUACAAUGCAUUUUUUAUGUAUUUUGUUUUCUUUCAUAUUUCUUUUUUCUUUCUUCCUUCCUUUUUUUUUUUUUUUUUUUUUUUUUUUUUUUUUUUUUUUUGGUUGCUUGUUUGUUUACCAGUGUGGGAGUGCAAAGAAAUGAUAGUGAAUGAAGAAAUAGUAGGCAAAGUUUUCAAAUGGGAAUAUUUUGUAGAAGAUCUCCAAAGAUCUUUUGGGACUACAACUUCUCUUGUAAAUAAUGAUCUAUGGUAUAGCCAUCUUCAGUUACCAAGUAUAGGCCUGGGCAUCGCUAUUUUGAGUUAAAGUGCCUUUGCACUUGGAUACAUUACUUAAAUGUUGCUUUUAGCUUUGAAAAUUGAAAGUAUUUUAAAGUGCUGUAUUUUUAAGAUUGAAGUCAAUGUAAAAUAGAUCUAUAUGUCCGCUAUAUUAAGUCAGCGUACAGUUUGCUUGAGUUAUAGAAAUCAGACUAUCAAACUAUUCUAGCUUAGGAAUUUAUAGGCUUAAAUGUAAAAUAUUUUCUUCUGCAUUUGUUAUUAAGUGAUUUUAUUUAAGUCAAGUAAGAGGAUUUAACAGUGGACUAGAGGUAAUAAGCCACCUCUGUCUGGAUUAGUAAUUCAUUAAUAAAAUAUAUUUAACCCAAUAUCAGAGUGAAUUGAACAAUUAAUGCCUUUCCGUAAAUCAUUAUUUUACACUAACAUGGUCAAUGUUUUAGAUUGUUUUCCUAAUUAAGAGUACAUUACACAACUAGUAGUAUAUUUUUUCUGCAUCAAAUUAGAUAUUUUUAUAUAUUAUAAUGAAAAUCUGUAUUUCUAACUUUUUAAUUGAAAUUAAUAUUUUUUCUGCCUAUUGCAACAUUUUUUAUAAACACAUACCAGUAGAGGCCGCCACACACCUCAUUUAACCAAGACACAGAGCCAUUAAAUACCUGAAGACUUCAAAGGUAUGAUGUAAACUUCCCACAUAAGUUCUCUACAAAUUCAACACAGCAGAGAUAAAAUUGCACGUUAGAUUUUAUUUGGGGGAAAGAAAUAUUACACACACAAUCCUUUUUAGUUUUCACAAAGCUAGAUUUUUCUCUUGACUUUAAUUGAGGGGUUAAUGAGGUGGUAUGGAAUCAUUUGAGUAUUUGCAUCUACAAAUCCAUUAACAGUUAUUUAAACCACAGGACUAAGCUUUUUUUUCCCUGCCUUCUUUGAGCAUGCUUUACUUAAAACAUUUUUUGUUAGCUUGAGCAAGAUUUUCAUUUUCAUCUUAGCAAUCAAUUAUUUUAAAUAACUAACUCUAUAUAACAUUUAUGAAGCCUUAUUAGACUGUAAAUAAUUUUUAGAUGCAAACAUUAUUGUAUGAUUUAAACAAACAGCCUUUCUUUACAACAAAAAUAGUUUUGUUUUGUCUAUUGUAAAUCCUUAUGCAACUGGGAUGGUGAUCUGCAUAUAAAGUAGUCCAGCUUUUCAAUUCCUUAUUAAAGCAAGUGAUGGCGUCUGAAAGAAGCACACUGUUUCCUUUUCAUAAAUAGGUUACUGCACAUAAUAAUCCUUUAUUAUCAUGUGAAGAUUGAAGUGGAUCCUGAUAACUUACUUUUAAAGCUUUAAAAAAAAAAGUACAUUACCACUGUUAACAAUUCAUGCUACAGGCUUUCAAUUAGAAAUUAUUGAAAUCCAAAUCAUUUUGAUUAAUAAUUAGUGGCGCAAAAUGGACUUUUUAAGCAAAAGAAAAUUGUGUACAUAUAUAAAAGUAAAGGACACCCAAGAAAAAAAAUUUAACAAUCUGACAUCUCUGAAUAUCUACAUUGAUUGACUAAUAUAUUCACUGUUUGCUUAAAAGUCAUAAUUGCCAUUUAAAUCCAUGAACUCAUAGGUAAAAUUGUGGGUCAAAGUGAUCUACAAAUUUAUUAAUAUACAGAAAUUUUACAUUUCAUGUAAAGGGAGAUAGAGUCUUAAAUUAGUCGGACAUGAAGAUAGCUCCUGGAAAGCACCUUAUCUUUGGUGACAUUUAUAUUUAAAAUAAAGGAAUUUUAACAAUUUUCUUUAAGUUGCUUUCAUUUGGUGUAAUAAUCCAUACACAAUACAGAGGCAAAUGUUUAAGGAAGUCAUUAUGAAAGCAAAUUAGCAUAUAUCAUAUUAACAUAGUUUUUAAGCUUUAACUGUGACUUGAUCUGUUAAUGACAUGAUUUUACUUCAGUGUUUGUUCUUAUUCUCCUGAAAGUGAAACAUGUAUGCAAAUAACAAUUAGUUCAUUAAUUUUAAUGAAAUAUACUUUACUUCUCAUUCAUUUUUAUGAUUUUUUAAAGAGGCCUCCUGGAAGAACUCAAAUCCAUAAAAUCUUUAGCUCAAUAAUUACUAUUUACUUCAAUAUUUUCAUGUUUCUAGAUUUGUUCUUUAUUUACACUGACUUAUGAAAUCAAGUCUUUCAGGUGUAAUCCAAAUGGUUUCAUUUUAAAGCAUAAUAGCACACCUUGUGUUUUAAUCUUUACUGUCAAAUACAAGCAUAAACAUUUCAAGUUAAAUUAAUUUAUUGUCAUUCCCACUGGUUGAAUUCCGAUUUUCUUUAUAAGCUUAAGCACUUUCAAACAUAUUUUACUUUAAGUUUUAUUUUUAACUCCUCCAGCUGUUUUAUUUAUUUAUUUAUUUAUUUCCCUUACUAUUUCACAAGCAGAUUGUAAUGAGUGUGAGCAAGCAAGAAUAGUUCCAGGCAAGAUAGUGGCAUUCUUAGAACCCUCGGAACAGAACUAGAUGUCUGGUCUCACAAAUGUCAACCAUCGUUUACUCUGGAUUCUAGUGUUUAAUUAACUACUUUCAUGGCUUCUGUAUAUACCAGUGGGUAAGUUUGUACAAAAUUCUCAAAAGUACUACUCUUCACACUUGACAACGUUAAAAAGAGUAUUUGCUAUGAACUUAGGUCAAUCUGUGUGCCUUCUUUCCUCAGGCAUUUGGUGAGUAGAAAAAGACCCUUUAAUAUCCUCUUUGUCCUCUGACUUCUAAAGUGACUUAAUUUUUCUAAAUAAUUCUGUGUGAUAAAGGGCUUAAUAUUUUACAAAUUUUUAAAAUAUAUGUAAUGAAUCAAAGAGAGGUUCUGUCAUUUUUCAAACCUUGAAAAUUCUUUAUGAUACUACACAUUCCAAAAACAUACUGGAUUGAGGACUAAUGUGAACAAAGCCUUCCAGAUGGUUCUCUUAAUUUGUUUCCUCAUUCUUUAAUUCAUUCUUUCAUUCAUUUAUUCAUUCAUGCACUCAUUUAAUAUAUCUUGAGUGCUCUCUUCCCUGGUGCCUGGGUCUGCUGUGUGUUGAGGGACCACAGAUCUAUAUUAGACAUGAUGUCUAAAUGCCUCACUCCAAGCCCUCACCCGAACUCCCACUGUUACUACAUCCACUUCUCACAAACCUCCUAAAGUUGGAAAGGAGCUUAGCACAAAUUAAAAAAGAGCUUUACCUGAAUGAAAAUCACCUCCAGGUAAGCAGUGGGGACAGUAAUGCAAUGUAGAAGGUUGAGUUUUUUAAAUCUCUGAAGUAAAAUAUUGAACUGAUAGAUCAUAUAUAGACUGACUACAAUGCAAGUGCUAUUAACAAGUCUUUGGAAUUAUAUAGUUAAAGGGGAAAAUCCUACUAAAAUAAAAUAAAUCACAGCAGGAUUAAGUCAAUUAUGGCCUGAUGAUAGCUAUAUAUUAGUGCUAUCUACAUCUACUUUGUAAAGUUGAAUACAAAAAUUGUAAAUAUAAAAACUACUGAUGUACUUCAAUUUUAUGAAACAUUCAUGUUUUAAAGGAAAUAUUUACUAUCUAUUUUAGUGGCUUAAAGGGUAUUCUUUUGGCUCACAUGCCUUUUAUUAAUAUAAUGAUUAGAUACUUAAUUGUGAGAGAGAAAUAAACAACUAUGGAUAGGUGUACUCUGCUCCUUAAAAGGAUUGUUGAAAAAGUAGUAUGUAAAUUGAAGUUUUAUAAAUCAAAUUGUAUUUUAAGUACAUUAAGGGAGCUGCCAUUCAGAUAAAACUUCAGAAUCCCUUUAUAAGGCAGAAAACUAUUUUAUAAUGCAAAUAACCAUUCUGUUUUGUAUGUUGGAUUUUCCGUGACACUUUUGCUUAAAACCAAGCUCACAUACAUAAUAAGACUGUGAUUUGUCAGUGUUGCUUGUGCUAUCCAUUUCUUGGUUGCUAAGGGCUUUUACUUAAAGUCUGCUGCAGUUUUAUGUGAAUUGUGCUAUCUACAAUUUUUAUGAUGGCACAAUAGCAUUCCUUAAAGUCUGGACUAGCAAGCCCAUUUGAAUUCAGUUAAACACAGGACUCUUGCUCAGCAGCAGCUCUCAUCCCAAGACCUUAUUUUCUUAGAUGGCAGACUGACUCUGGUAUUCACAUCUUAUAAAGUGCUUAGAAAUGCAGGUUUUAUAAAGAAUAUGUUGUUAUCUAAACAUACAGAAUUGCAUGUGUGUUGGAAAUUUCUAACAGUAUUUUAGCCUGAAAUUAUGUGUACAAAUUCUGUUAAACUUAGUUGCAAAAAAUUGUUCUCAAGUUGUUGGAAUAAAUGGCAAAUGAAACAAUUUAUUAUGUAAAUAGACUCUUGUGCUGAAAUAGUGACAAUGUUUAAGAAAAUAAAUGACAUAUUUUGGGCUGUUAAUAGGCAAAAUGAAAUACUGAAAAUGUGAUCAAAUGAUACUGUAUUUUAUUGGAUAAACUGUUUAGUUAUUUUAUGCUAUAGUUAGCUUUCAGUUAAUAAAUAAAUAAUCACUAAAAUGCAUAUUUUGUAUUAGUUAGAAAGGUUUCUUUGGAAGUUUUUUUUGUUUGUUUGUUUGUUUGUUUUGUUUUUAAGACAGGAUCCUUUCUGUACUGGAACUUGCUAUUUAGAUCUGGCUGUCCUCAAACUCACAGGGAUCAGCCUGCCUGUUCCUCUUGAGUGCUAGGAUUAAAGGUUUGUGUCACCACAUCCAGCCCCUAGUCUUUUGGAUUCUUAAGAAUUAAUGACAAAUAUGAGAGCUGUGUUCUUUGUCUCAGUAUAUGCUAUUGUAGUGUUUAUAAGUGAACUUUUUUAUUCUUUAAGCGAUUAUGUUUUUCAUGUUUGGUAUAAAGUAAGCUUUUAAAAUAUUAACAUUUCUCUAUAUGAGUAUUUGAAAAGCAAAAACAAUAAUAGCAAAAUAAUUCAGAUAGAUAUCUCUCUAGAAACUGACACAAUACUUACUGACUUU